AUAUUUUGAGACUAUUUUCACUCCAUAGGGAAGUUCCUCAGACGGGUGGCAGACCAGGCUGUUGUUGUCGACUAGGGAAUCUAUAUGUUGUUCCUCUGUGACUGACAGGCUACUGGAUGAACCUUCCACGGUAGAGCAGUCAGUGGUGUGCACUUUCCGCCGUGGUUGAACCAACUCCUCUCCUACUGAUGACUUCAAUGACUCAAAGAAGUUCAGGCCUCGUGCAGAGGCGCACAGAAGCCUCGCGUACCGCUACCGACAAAGAUCGCGAGGUGGGCCGCGAGGAGCCGGAGCCCCGCCGAGGAGAGGAGCUGGAUCAUGACGACAGCGGAGACUCCAAAGAAACACGACUCACCUUAAUGGAAGAAGUAUUGUUGUUAGGACUGAAGGACAGAGAGGGCUACACAUCCUUCUGGAAUGACUGCAUAUCAUCGGGCUUGAGGGCCUGCAUGCUGAUUGAAUUGGCCCUACGAGGACGCCUUCAGCUGGAGCCAUGUGGAGUGAGGAGGAGAGGUCUGCUGUCCAGAAAGGUGCUUUGUAAGUCAGAUGCUCCAACAGGAGAUGUGCUUCUGGAUGAGGCUUUAAAACACAUCAAGGAUACCCAACCCCCAGAGACUGUGCAAAGCUGGAUUGAACUGCUGAGUGGAGAGACAUGGAACCCACUGAAGCUGCAUUAUCAGCUGAGGAAUGUCCGUGAACGACUGGCCAAAAACUUGGUGGAAAAAGGCGUCCUCACAACAGAGAAACAGAACUUCUUGCUUUUUGAUAUGACCACACAUCCCCUCACCAACAACAACAUCAAGCAGCGUCUCAUCAAGAAAGUCCAGGAAGCUGUUCUAGACAAGUGGGUAAAUGACCCUCAUCGAAUGGACAAGCGAUUGGUGGCACUUAUAUUCUUAGCCCAUUCUUCUGAUGUGUUGGAAAAUGCAUUUGCCCCACUACUAGAUGACCAGUAUGACUUGGCCAUGAAAAGAGUGCGACAGCUGCUAGAACUGGAGCCUGAGGCGGAGAGCAUGAAGGCCAACACUAAUGAGAUGUUGUGGGCUGUGGUAGCUGCUUUCACUAAAUGAGACUUGAGAGCAUUGGACACAGUCUCUGGUGGUACGCUCUGUGUACUGUUUGGUACAAAUUGGAGUAAUAAUUCCAAUAAGAGAACUUUACUGGUAGUGUUGAAUGAACUGUAGGAAAUUCUGUCUUACUGGCAUUUUUUUUUCCAGGUAACUUCCUUGUGGACCAAUAAUGUGCACCAAAUCUGAAAUUCCUAUUUCACUUAUCACUUAGGUAAAAAUCUGAACUCAGAAAUAUGAAUGAAAUUGUUUAUGAAACCAAUAUGUUGACUUUUUUGCCUUUUAAUAUGUUAAUCGAACAGUUUGGCAAAUUUAAGAAUACAGUGACUAACUCUGAGAUGAAUGGACAUGUCCAUGUAAGAGCAGUGUAAAAAGUUAUUUGAUAAUGCUGUUGGACCAAACAAUAUUAUGCGGUAAGCAUUCAACAUCUAUGUUGCAUGCUUACCGCAUGCAACAUGGAUGUUGUUCCUGUUGUUUCAUGACAGGAACAAGAAAGCAGACAAUAUGGCAAGAUCCAAACUCAGUGUUCUGUCCUGAUCUCAGUGUACUGGCAAUAAGAAGUUAUUUCAUAUUGGUGUUGCCUCAAACAGUUGCUAGAACUGGAACCUGAGGCAGAAAGUGUGAAGGCCAACACUAAGUCAAUAUAUGUGCUGCUUUUCUUGUUCAUUGUCAGGAGGAACUGUGUUAGAGUACAUAUUGACUCAAAUCCCAGGUCUGACUAAAGUAACGGCUGACCUUCUGGUAGGAAAGAGAUUGUUUAUAUCACCUCAAAAUAGGAAUACCAGAAACAAAAACAACUUUAAUCAGUCACCGCUUUAUAAAUGGUUAAUAUUUUGCAUCUUUAUUGUUUUAGGUACAAUACAGUCUGCAGUCAGCAGAAAUGGAAAAUGCAGUAAGGAAUGAUUAUGUGUAUAAUCUUUUCUGGAUGUAGAAAGUAAACUGUUAUACGGUUAUCCUGCAGACAAAUGAAUUCUUGAUGAUGUCCUUAUCUAUUGUACUGACGACAUGAUCUGGUUCAACUAAUCUUUCAAGUCUUGGCAUGUGUCCAACUGAUAAGUCUGAAGCUUAAUUCUUGAUCAGGACAGGAAUAGAUUUAGCUAGUUGAUGAUUGAUCACAAAGCUUCACUUGAAAAAAAUUACUCAAGUUCCCAAACAUAAAACUACUGUCUUUCUGUACAGCUGUAGCUUAAACAUACUAAUUCAGUAAACCUAGUCUAGUUUUAGACUUGUCUUGGCAAAAUCUAUAAGAUCUUGAGGGGUUAGCUUAGCUAGUGAAAUACUCAGUUCUAACUGGAACAGGGGUUAAUUAUGCAGGGUAUUUGAUGUUCAGAUAAUUCUGACAUGUAACUCAGAUUGGUUUUAUUGUUUGAAAUUGUUUUGUUUGAAACACUUUUCUUUGUUAUAAACGCACAGAGUUGCAGAACUGAAGAUAAUGGAAGAUGUUUUCUUAAUAAAGUUUUUAAUGUGUUUGUCUUGGA